AAAACACAAGGCUAAGAUGAAAAUGGGCUUAUCUUCUUACGGAGUUGGACCCAUUUCAGCUCCGAAAGAGAAGAAGAAACAGAGCUUUGAAACCAACAACAAUGGCGGCCCUGGGUUGCCAGUUUCCCUUUACAGUGUAUAAGAACUCAAAGAAGAAGAAACCUAGAUCUUCAAUUCUCUGCUCAGUACAACCAUCUCAGGGAAAUAUCAAGGUCAUUAUAAAUGGAGCAGCCAAAGAAAUUGGAAGAGCUGCAGUUAUUGCAGUGACAAAGGCAAGAGGAAUGGAAGUUGCUGGUGCUGUUGAUUCACAUUCUGUAGGAGAAGACAUUGGAAAGGUGUGUGACAUGGAAGAACCUCUGGAAUUACCCAUAUUAAAUGAUCUAACCAUGGUUUUAGGUUCAAUAUCUCAGUCAAAGGAAACAGGAGUAGUUGUUGAUUUUACCGAACCUUCUAAAGUAUAUGAGAACGUGAAGCAGGCAACUGCAUUUGGCAUGAGAAGCGUGGUUUAUGUUCCUAGAUUAAAAGUAGACACAGUGGCUGCACUAUCUAACUUCUGUGAGAAAGCUAGCAUGGGUUGUCUUGUCGCCCCAACUCUGUCCAUUGGCUCUAUCCUUCUCCAGCAAGCAGCAAUUUCAGCUUCAUUUCAUUAUAGCAAUGUAGAGAUAGUGGAAUCCAGAGAGCAUGCACAGGAUCUCCCAUCUUCAGAUGCAGCCCAAAUAGCCAACAACCUCUCAAACUUGGGCCAGAUCUACAACAGAGAAGAUAUUUCAACAGAUGUGCUGGCAAGGGGACAAGUCAUUGGAGAAGACGGAGUUCGAGUGCACAGUCUAGUCCUUCCGGGGCUUCCUUCCAGCACCAAUGUCUACUUCUCACGCCCGGGAGAGGUGAGUUCUAGGUUGUGUUUCCGUUCUUGUUUAACCAAAAUUGAAAGAAAUGGCGCGAGUCCGAGCUGUGGGACUGGUAAAUUUAAUCCUUCCUACACAUUUUGUAACCAGAGCGGUAGGUUUUGUCAUUCUCCGACACUUAUCAUGGCUUGCAUCACAGGUUUACACUCUCAAACAUGAUAUCAUAAAUGUGCAAUGCCUCAUGCCAGGCUUAUUAUUGGCAAUUAGAAAAGUGGUGCGCCUUAAGGUACAGUACAUAGAUCUCCUGUUUUUCUUGAAUGUGCAAAUGUCAAACCGUUGACUUUUUGUGCUUACAGAAUCUGGUGUAUGGCUUGGAGAAAUUUUUAUAGAACUUCGAAGACUACCCUGGUAGCUCUAUCAGAAACUUUCGCCUCUACUUUUCAUUGGACAGAGUGACCAUCUUGACCUGAUAACAAAAAGGAAAUAAAGUCAGAAGCUCAAGUUAGAGAGAAUUGAAAGAGAAUAAUUUGGUUUUGGUUUUCCUUGUGUACAUGAAGAAAUUAAAUUAUUUCGCUCUUAAAGUAUUCCAGUCACAUUUUUUCUUC